GCCUGCUCUCCGGCGGAGCUGCGUGAGGCCAGGCCGGCCCCCGGCCCCCCCCUUCCGGCCGCCCCCGCCUCCUGGCCCACGCCUGCCCGCGCUCGGCCCGCCAGCGCCUCCACCCGGCCGGCGGCCCCGCGUCUUCGCCGCCCGCCGACACGCUGCUGACUCCCGCCUCGGGCGCCGUCGGCGGGGCCGCGCUCCGCCGGGCCUGCGGAUCCCCGCCGCCUCCUCCUCCGUCUACCUCAGCGCCCGUCCCCGCUUCGCCCGAGGAGGCGGUCCCCCCCGCAGGCAGUCCGGCUCGCAGGCCGCCGGCGUUGUCACCCCCCGCGCUGCCCCCCGGCCCUCCCCGGCGCGCGGCCGGCCGGCCGCUCCCUCCUGGCCGCGUCCCGAGCGGCCCGGCGCCGCCGUCGGCCCAAUCCGAGCUGGGCGCCCGCGGCCCGGGCGCCCUCCCGCGCCGCCCCCCUCCGCACCGUCCCCGGCCCUCGACGUGGCGUCCUGCCCGCGCUUCUCUCGGCUCCCCGACCCCCUCUCCGGCCUCUCGCCCCGGCCCCCGCGCAACGCUCUCCCCCGCAGCCUGCCCUGCGCUCCCUCCCGCCCCCCCCCCGGCCCCGCGCCUCCGACGCCUCCCCCUCCACGCCCGCCCUCUCGCCUCGCCGUCCCGAAGUGGAUUAAUUAUACGCUUUCUGUUUCUCUCCGCGCUGUUCUCCCCCGCUGCGAGCCUGCCCGCCUCUCGCUGUCCCCUCUCCCUCUCGCCCUCUCUCUGGCCCCCCCCGUUUCACGUUCUCUCUGUGUCUCUCACUGUCUCUGCCCCCCUCUAUCCUUGAUACAACAGCUGACCUCAUUUCCCGAUACCCUUUCCCCCCCUAAAAGUACAACAUCUGGCCCGCCCCAGCCCGCAGACAGCCCGCCCUCCCCAGAGGAUCAGAAGAGUCCCCCCCCAAAAAAAAGCCAUCCCCCCGUUCUGCCCCGUCGCACAUUCGGCCCCCGCGACCCGGCCAGAGCGGCGCUGGCAGAGGAGUGUCCGGCAGGAGGGCCCACGCCCGCUGUUCGGUUUGCGAUUCGCAGCAGGGAGGUGGGCGGCAGCUGCGCCGGCUCCCAGAUGCCGAUGGGGGUCCCGAUGGGGAAGUCGAUGCUGGUGCUGCUCACCUUCUUGGCCUUGGCCUCGUGCUGCUUUGCUGCUUACCGCCCCAGUGAGACUCUGUGCGGCGGGGAGCUGGUGGACACCCUCCAGUUUGUCUGUGGGGACCGCGGCUUUUACUUCAGACUUCCAGGCAGGCCGGCGAGCCGCGUGAACCGCCGCAGCAGCCGUGGCAUCGUGGAAGAGUGUUGCUUCCGCAGCUGUGACCUGGCCCUUCUGGAGACCUACUGCGCCGCCCCCGCCAAGUCCGAGAGGGACGUGUCGACCCCUCCGACCGUGCUUCCGGACAACUUCCCCAGAUACCCCGUGGGCAAGUUCUUCCAAUAUGACAGCUGGAAGCAGUCGGCCCAGCGCCUGCGCAGGGGCCUGCCCGCCCUCCUGCGCGCCCGCCGGGGUCGCGUGCUCGCCAAGGAGCUCGAGGCGUUCAGAGAGGCCAAGCGUCACCGUCCCCUGAUCGUCCUGCCCACCCACGACCCCGCCGCCCACGGGGGCGCCUCUGCGGAGGCGUCCGCCAAUCAGAAGUGAGCCAAACCGUCGUAAUUCUGCAGAACGGCACCGACCACCUGGUGCUCUCCUCCUGACCGGGGACUGUUCCAUCGGGUCCCGUCUCUGACAUCUCUCGGUACCAUUUUCCCUCUGCGGGCUCCCCCACCCCCAGCCCCCAUGCCCCAACCUCCCCAUGUCAGGCUCUUUUCUCCUUGGCCCUCGCCAUCGGGCCGAGGGGGAUCCUAGUAACAUCUCUAAAAAUGUACAAACUCAAUUGGCUUUAAAUAUCCCCCCGAAACUACCCCCCAAAUUAUCCCCAAAUUACACAACAAAAACCUAAAACUAUGAACCCCCAAAUGACACACAUGCAUGCACAUCAGUCCCCUUAAAACAAAUUUGCUUUUUAGAAAACACCAGAGCAGUAAUUUGGC